UUGGCGUUGUGCGACUGGUCGAACCUGCAGAAGACUCGUCGAAACAUCGUGAACUCCUACACCCACCCGCGACCCAGCUCCGACACGUUCCGCCACCUGAACGACGUGAUCGCGGCUGAAGUGGACCGCCUGAUCGAGACGCUGCGGGAGGAGAGCACGGGAGGCGGACGGAUCCAGCCGAAGCAGCCGCUGCUGCAGGCAUGCGCGAACGUCUUCACGAGUUACCUGUGCAGCAGGCGGUUCGAGGCGGAGGACGAGGACUUCCGCGAGAUGGUCAAAUGCUUCGACCUCAUCUUCUACGACAUCAACCAGGGGUACGCGGUGGACUUCCUGCCGUGGCUGGCGCCAUGCUACAAGCGGCACUUCGGGGACCUCGAAGGCUGGUCCAAGACGAUCAGGGCCUUCAUCCUCCAGUACAUCGUCGGGGAGCACGAGGCCGAGGCCGUGCCGGGGGAGCCGCGGGACUUCGUCGACGUGCUCCUGGACCAUCUCCGGAACGAAGGGGACAUCGACUGGCAGAGCGCCCUGUUCGAGCUGGAGGACCUGAUCGGCGGACACUCGGCCAUCGGGAACCUCUGGAUGCGAAUCGUCGCCCAGAUGGUGCAGAACCCAGAUGUGAUGGCGGCGCUGCAGGAGGAGAUCGAGGCGGUGACGGGGGGAAAGCGCCCGGUGACGCUGGACGACCGGCCGGACAUGCCAUACACCGAGGCAGUCAUGUUGGAGGCGUUGAGGAUCAUCUCGUCGCCGAUCGUGCCCCAUGUCGCCACGGCGGAUACGACCAUUCAAGGUUUCGCAGUGGAAGAAGGAACUGUGAUAUUUCUCAACAACUACGAACUGAACACCAGCCCCCUCUACUGGAACGACCCCUGGAAGUUCAACCCGGGACGCUUCGUGCAGAACGGCCAGAUAGUGAAGCCCGACUUCUUCAUCCCCUUCAGCACCGGCAAGCGCGCCUGCAUGGGCUACCGCCUCGUCCAGAGCCUCACCUUCAUGCUCGUGGCCCGG